AUGAAGUGUUCCAUUUGUGAUUCAAAUGCCCUUUCUCUCCACUUCGGAGCACCCAGUUGCAAAGUCCUGCGUGAGAUCUGAAACGGAUUCAGAUGACCCUCUUUCCAGGCAUGUGCUGCUUUCUUCCGAAGGACGGUUGCAUUAGAAAUCACUUACGAAUGCAUAACUGGAAAACAGGACUGCGAGGUUAAUUUUGGUAAGGAGUGAACGAAAACAUUUUGAAGGUGGAAUCAAAUCAUUUGAGAACGUCGGAUGGCUUGCAAAAGGUGCCGAUAUCAGAAGUGCAUUGAGAAUAACAUGCAGAGAUAUUGUGAGUGAAAAAGGAAAACGAAAGAAGGAGUGUUUUGAUUGCAGUGGUUCAGUCGAAGCGAGGACGACAAGAGGCUGCGAACGAGGUGAGUUCAGACUAGAGUUGGUGCCGAGUCUAGCCAAAGAGAACCGCCCACUUCUCACGAAUAGGAAGGGGAGAAUCAACAGAAAACGUUCAAUUUUCAAAAAGUUUUAAUAUGCCGAGUAUCGUAUUCUCCGAAGUUUUGGCUGCUUGGCUGGUAUUUGCAAUUAUUCGAAUCCAAACUUUACUCAUGUAUGUUCCAGGAUUCGACGUCACCUCCGAGAUCCUCAAGCCCCUUUUCAUCUACCCCUUCCACAAGCACAGGCCCAAUUCCUUCGAUUUCCGACGAGGAUGAAGUUCGGAAAAUGGUUGAGCACUUUGUGAAAAUGGAUUCGAAUCUGAACAAAAGCCGCCGGAUGGCAUUCACUGAUUCGCGGCUGCUUGACAUAUUCUCCGGCCUUUGCAAAAUGGUGCGCAUUCCAAAGGGGUCCACGACACAAUGCCAAGUUUACAGCCGUACGAGAAGCACCAACUGCAGCCGUUCGACUUCCGUUCAUAUCGUGGCUAUCAGAAGCAGGAGUACGUAAUGAUGUUCAACUACGCGAACACUCUGCCCGGCUUCCACGAUCUUUCGAAUGCCAGCCAGAACUUUCUGUUCCGCAUCGCUUGCGGAGUUGACUUUGUGAUCAGCAGUUCCUAUUACACUUGUACCAUCGGAACGGACAGUAAUCUUCUGAUCAGUCAAGACGGGACAUACAUCCAAAUGAUGCCACUUCCACUGCUCGGAGACGAACCCGGCGCUGCUCUGAUGUUCACGAAGAACGAAGAACUGGAGAAGUACAAGAAUAUCAUAAAGCCACGUGUCAAGUCAUGGGUCGAAUUCCUUCCUCUCUACCACUCUCUCGGUCUCACUUUCGAGGAAAACGCCGUUUUCAAAGCACUUUGUUGCUGGCAGACUUCGCAUUUUAACAUUGAAGAAUGUGACAAGGAGACGGUUCGGAAGAAUAAAUUGCUAAUAACUCAAUGUCUUCUGAAGAUGUGCAUUGAGAAUUACGGAGAAGAGGAAGGUCCUGUCAGGGCUGGAAACAUCACAUUGUUCGCAUCGUCAAUCUGCGUAAGUUCUGGAGGAAAGCAAGACGAUGAACUAUCUAAAUUCAGGCGGAAGUGAUGGAACUCGUGAACAGUCUGAUCAUCAUGUCCUUCUUCGAAUUCAUGACCGGCGACUCGCUCAUCAAUGAAAUCCUCUCCACGAGCAGUCUUUUCUCCUGA